AUGAUUGCACGAUCAAAUUAUAAGCCAACACCCCAUCAUGUUGGAAUUCCCGACAGGCGAGGCUACGUAGCUCCCAGCAUUGCUUGGAUCCACACAUUUAAAAUUUCGGAUUUUUCACAUUUGUUGUUGUUGAUACGUGAACCAACAACAGUGAUUCGUAACAAUUACCGAACCAAUGAUGAUAAACUCUUCCGUUGUUUUGUUUGUUUACGUGCUUUAUUACAUGGUCGAAAAAAUGUGACAUUUUGGAUGUAUCUAAACAAUCCCUAUUGGUCGAUUUGUGUAGCGUUAUUGGUAGAUGAUUUGCAUAAUUACGGUGGUACGAUCCUCCGGUAUAUACCAGUUUUAUUCCUUGACUUAGAGUUUUACACAGAAACAAUGAAGCAGGCGACCGGUGUUAUUUGGUUUAAUACACAGAUGUUGACGAAUCUUCAAUUGACUCAACCGGAAAACGGGUCCGAUAAACAAGAAAGUGGACGAGCGCCCAACAGCAUUCUGUCUUUCGCUAUUUGGUUUAAUGAGAAGUCGCAAACACUCUAA